GCAUAAUGGAGCGCUAAAACACGUAUGCAGACUUGCAACACUCGCAGUAUUCACCGCGUGCAUUUGUACGCAGACGUUUGGGUCGUCAUAAAAGUUGUUGAACAUUACAAUGUCGGAGCAAAAUCCAAGUGCAAAGCAAGAGCUGAAGCGCAUUCGGCAUUACAUGUCGACGGUUUUAAAUACCGCGGAAAAAUUUUUUCCAUGUCAUGGAGGAAUUUUCCGGGAUAACGUCUCCGGCGUUUUUGAGGAUCAUCCAGAUUUGGCGGUGUUGGGCAAUCGUACUGACGUGUUAGAAUUGUGGAUGAAAUGGAUCAGCGAAGGCUCCGCCAACGUGGCGUAUAUUCCUCCGGAAGGUAUCGCAGCGCUGCCAACGAUAGCCGAGGAUCUUAGCAAAGUGGACAGUUGGGCGCUGGGAUGUCUGACGAUCCAAAUGAUCAACUGCGAUGAAGCGUUAACGCUUAAGCGGCAAAACCGUUUUUCCCGUGCUGAAUAUCUUCGUCAUGAUGGUACAAUAGAGCAGCUCAAAGAAUUUUACAAAGAUGCCGGUCAGUCCGGUCUCGCGGUCGGUCCGGAAAUGCAGCUGCUAAAGGAGGUGCCGUGCGCAUGUGAAGAAUUCUUAGCGCACUGCUUGGAACCGGAUCCGGCUAAGCGGUGGAGUUUGGCCCAACUACGGCAGCUGCCAUUUCUCGAUUUAAACCGAUCACUGGCGGACUUGUUCGCCAUGGACGCCGCACAUUAUCAGCAGCUGUUGCCGAUAGAAGGGAUGUUCACGGUUACCAACAUACGGCCGCACCCGUUUAUGCCAAGCGACCAAGCACUGACGGUUCAGGUAGGGGAUAUACAGUGGACGGAUGGUGCUUGCCAUCAACCAAGCCAUGUUGACAUUUGGCGUUUUAUCCUGUUCGGUCGGGAUGCAAACGAGGUUGAGGAACAGCGCCGAUUGAAGAUUAAGGCUUUUGGCAAACUCCUGGAUGCGUUGACGAUGGAAAACAAUAAAGACGCGCGGGCUGAUUACUACGCCAUACGGGCGCUGCAAAAAGGGACGAAGAAUUUGGUGCAUCAUUUCGGGUGUCAGUUUGUCUCAAACCAGCUAAACCCAUUGGAAUUUCAAGUAUUCACUGAACAUUGUCCAGGGGGGAAUUUAGGAGAUGCGGCUGUGCAUCAUUUGCCAGUCGAAAUGGUCGUAAAAUGUAUUUUGGAAGUACUGGAAGGUCUCAAAUACCUUCACGGACACGGCAUCGUUCAUCGCAACUUAAACAGCAGCAUAGUCUUUUUCAGCGAGAAUCCAUUCAAAGGGGCAGUAAAAAUUGGCGGUUUCCAUUUAAUGCGACAACUGGAAGGUGUUACCUCCGUAAAGAACGAAAUCAGCGUGCGUUCCGGAUCGGAUGGGCGAUUUGUCGCACCGGAAAUGAUGGACACUGAAAAGGAUGACGACUUGCACACCGGACGCAAGUGUGAUACUUGGAGCCUGGGAUGUAUUGCGCUGCAUCUGGUCAGCGGUCAUCCGCCGCUAUAUAUAGGAGCCAAAGACAAGCCUGUCGUGUUGGAGGUGGGCGUACUGUACCACUUGAAAACUGUGAAAACUUUGCCGGAAAUACCGGCCUGGAUUCCAUCUAAUAUAAGGAACUUCAUUAUGAAGUGCUUGGUGUUUAAUCCGGCACAGAGACCGUAUGCUGCCGACCUCGAUACACACGCAUUAUUGAGCACUGAUAUCGAUGAUGCUGCUUACCGGACAUCGCGUGGCGGAAUUCCUCUUCCGGAAGGCGUUGCCGAAAACUGGAGACGUUGACGCUCUUUCGAAUAUUUUGUUGGAAACGUUAAGAGCAUGGGACUAGUAACAGUUUGUUGUUAGGACAUAGUAACAAUAACAAUAACCAGGUUGUUCUUAGCUGCGCUUUUCUAAAACUGUGGUUAAUGAGAAUGCCAAAUGCGCUUUAUUGUUUACGCUUCUACAGAUUGUACAACGUCUUUUUCUUCAUUAGAAAUGCUUUUUGUAGAAGGGCCGUCUCAGAAAAAAAUUAGAAACGCCUACUUACUACGACAACUUCCAGGCCCGCGCUAAAGUG